AUGGCUCGGCCUAUCGCGUUGACUGCCCCCAAUAACACAACCUAUCUGCAGCCUACUGGACUGUUUAUCAACAAUGAAUUCGUUCCAUCUUUGUCCGGCCAAACGCUUUCGACUAUUAACCCCUUCGAUGAGUCGGUGAUCGCAAGCGUCUCUUCUGCAGGGCCAGAUGAUAUCGACCUUGCCGUUGCCGCUGCUCAGCAAGCAUUCAAGUCAAGCGAAUGGAAAUCUGUCACAGGUUACGAUCGAGGGGUACUUCUGACCCGGUUGGCGGAGCUAUGCGAUCGUGACAAGCAUAUCCUUGCGACCAUUGACGCAUGGGACAAUGGUAAGCCGUAUGAGCAGGCUCUGAACGAAGAUCUUGCCGAGGUGGUCUCCGUCUUCCGUUACUAUGGUGGCUGGGCCGAUAAGAUUCAUGGUCAAACUAUCCCGACUAGCGAUGCCAAGCUGGCCUAUACCAGGCAUGAACCUAUUGGAGUGUGUGGUCAGAUUAUUCCAUGGAACUACCCUGCAAUGAUGGCAGCGUGGAAAUUGGGGCCUGCACUUGCUUGCGGGAAUACGGUUGUCAUCAAAGCGGCCGAACAGACGCCACUUUCAAUUUUGUAUCUUGCAACUUUGAUUCGCGAGGCUGGCUUUCCGGCUGGUGUUGUCAAUGUUGUCAAUGGUCCUGGUGCAACCGCCGGAGCAUUCAUCGCGUCGCACCCAGGCAUUGACAAGAUUGCGUUCACUGGGAGUACAAUCACUGGAAAGGCAAUCAUGAAGGCUGCUGCUUCGAAUCUGAAGUCAAUCACGCUGGAGACGGGUGGUAAGAGCCCUUUGGUUGUUUUCGAAGACGCCAAUCUGGAUCAAGCAGUUAAGUGGUCGCAUGUUGGGAUCAUGAGCAAUAUGGGUCAGAUCUGCACAUCUACAUCGCGCAUCUAUGUCCACGACAGUGUUUACGAGAAUUUUGUGGAGAGAUUCAAACAAUACACAAUUGAAACCUCUGUUGUUGGGAGCCAAUUUGAUCCCAAGGUGAACCACGGACCUCAAGUGUCAGCGGCACAACGCGAUCGGAUUCUGCGUUAUCUUGAGGCCGCGAAGAAAGAAGGCGCCAAACUCGUUCUUGGUGAUAAUCAGCCGCCAAACAAUGCAAAAGGAUAUUUUGCCAACCCCAUUAUCUUCAAAGACACCGACCGCAAUAUGACCCCGGUCCGCGAAGAGGUCUUCGGACCUUUUGUCGUAAUUCAGUCUUUCAGCAGUCAGAAAGAUGCUAUUGACAAGGCUAAUGACACGGAAUACGGAUUGGGCGCCGCCAUUUUCACAGAGAACAUCACCCGGGCCCACACAGUCGCAGCCGCGAUUGAGGCUGGCAUGGUUUGGAUCAAUAGUUCUCAAGACUCUCACUUUGCCAUUCCAUUCGGCGGCUAUAAACAAAGCGGCAUUGGACGAGAGUUGGGCGAGUAUGCCCUUUCAGCGUAUACCCAAGUCAAGGCGGUGCAUGUCAACCUCGGAACCUGGCUCUAG